CUUACGUUGAGUUCUGUCUACAAUUUAAGCCAUUCUCGAGUACAAUAACUUUGGGUGCUGUCCGUCUUGCACACGUCUUGAAAAGUUUUUGGCGGGAAGUCUAAUUAUUUGGUGCAGUGCUUAUUAGUGCAUUAUUUAGUGCGGCUCUUAGUGGACGGGACGGACGAAUUCAUUGUAACCUCCAAAGCGAAAGAAAGCGUUUGCUUUAAAAAACUUCCUAAGCAAAUGGGGAGAAAAUAUUCAAAAUAAUUGGAGAACGAUCAUUUAGAAAACUCUAAAAAUUUGAAUUGGAAACAGGUGAUUUUUCUCAUAACCAUGGAUUUCCGGUUCCCAUUUUGAAAAAAGGUCUGAAAAAUGAUGUAUCGUGACCCCCGAGAGCCUCCGCCAGAGGUCAUCCGCGAGAGCGUGAGACAACUGAAAGAAUGGAUGAGCAAAGAACCGCACCUCCCCAGCAUCGAGGAUGAGAACUGGUUGGAGACUUAUUUCUACAACAACCGGUUCAGCCUGGAGAAGACCAAAGCCAAGCUAGCUGCCUACUACUCCCUCAAGAACGAAUACCCCGACUACAUGAAAAACCGAGACCCUAUAUCCCCCGCCAUACUCCGAGCCAGGGAGGCCUUGCUCACCGUCAUCGAGGAGAGAGAAACCAAAGAUGGGUACACUCUCAUGUACUCGAGGUUCGGCCCCGACCCGGAUAAAUUCGACCAGCGGGACACCUACAAGAGAAGCCUCAUGCUUGCCGACGCCAUGCAUCUGGAAAAGAGCAGACUUAGGAAGUAUAUCUCGAUAGUCGAUUGUCAGAAUCUGAGCUACAAGCAUAUCCUCAAGACGCUUCCGCAUGUCCACAGGCUGGCCAACUUGCUCAACACGUAUUCCGAGAGCUUGCAGGUGCAGCAUUUCGUCAACGCCCCCGAUUUUCUGUACAAGAGUAUCGAGUUGGUGAGGCGGUAUCUGCCGGAGAAACUGAGGGUCCGGAUUCGAAUCCACACCGCCGGGAGCGAUUCGAUUUUCGACUCGAUCGAUAAGAACGCGUUGGCAAGUGAUUUUGGCGGCAACGGUGCCAGUCUGGACGAAUUGGAUGAUCGUUGUCAAAAAAUGCUGGAAAAGCACAGAGCGUGGUUCCUUCAACAAGAUGAGGUAUGCGCAACGGUUGGCUAUCGAUGGAAGAACAGUGAUGAAAAACUUGAGGAAAUGAAAGGCUCUUUCACGCAGCUGAGCAUCGAUUGAUCCGUAUUGUCGGCUUCGCAUACUGGAAAAAGAAAGCAAGAACGAAACAAGCCAGAGUCACCCACACUGAGAAAAAAUUAUGGUUAUAAUUACCAUAAUAGUGGUGCUCAAUAUGAACUUUUAAAUAGUAGUUGCCAUAACCAAUAAUAGAGAUAUUUUUACCAUCAAAAGUAAUUUUACUACCGCAAACUUGUAAAAUUACGAUUGCUCCGUUAAAAAUCUCACUAUUAUUGGUUAUGGCCACUACUAAUUAAGAGUGCAUAUUGAACACCACUAAUAUGGUAAUUAUAACCAUGGUUUUUUCUCAGUGCAGCAAUCACGCACUUCGAUAGACCCAAGUACAGUUACGUCACAUAAAAACAAAAUACAUCAAUUUUUUCAAAACUA